AUGAGCUUAAGUCAACCCGAGAAGAAGAAUGGGGACGUCGAAGAGCCGAGAGUAGAGUCUCCAGUCGAUGAGUUUGACCGGUUCUCAAGUCGAAGGAAGCUGGUCAUGGUCGUGGUCAUCGCGUGGACUGGGCUGCUCUCCCCAAUGGCAAGCACCUCCGUGCUAUCAGCUAUUCCCGAUGUUGCUUCGACGUACAAUACAUCCGGCUCCGUGAUCGGGUUGAGUAACGCCUUGUAUCUGGUAUUCAUGGCCCUGAGUCCGUGCUUCUGGGGUCCCUGGUGCCAGACAAUUGGCAGGCGCAUGUCUUGUCUGGCGAGUACUUUGACCUUCUUGGGCGCUUCGAUCGGGACGGCCCUUAGUCCAAACAUUGCCUCGUUCAUGGUCUUUCGCAUGCUCACUGCGUUCGUGGGUACAGCUGUCCUAGUUAUAGGACCAGCUGUCAUUCGCGACUUGUACCGGCCACUCGAUCGAGCAACCGGCCUCGCCUGGUUUUAUACUGGCACACUGGUUGGGCCAACAAUUGGACCAUUACUAGCGGGUGCAAUUGUCACGUAUACCACAUGGCGUGUUAUAUUCUGGCUGCAGACUGGACUUGCUGGGAUAGCCCUUCUGGGAUCGUUCUUUCUACUACCAGAGACACUUGGAGAGAACGCACCCCGUCCGUUGAAGGGGUUAACUAGGGGCCAGAAGGUUAUGAAGCUCUUUACAAUGACGAAUCCCUGGCGAGUUAUUACCCCGUUCAAGCACCCUAGUUUGGUGGUCACGGCGAUUGCCAGUGGCUCUCUUGUGUGGAAUCAAUAUGGUCUCCUCACCCCGAUUCGAUAUGUACUGAACCCGAGAUUCCAUCUCGAAACACCGUUGCAAUCUGGUUUACUGUACCUGGCCCCGGGAGUAGGAUACAUACUUGGCACAUUCGGCGGCGGCCGGUGGGCUGACUACGUCGCAAGAAAAUGGUACGAGCGCAGAGGAAAGGUAUUCGUACCCGAGGACCGUCUUUACGCGGCAGUUCCAUUCCUAGGUAUAGUUAUCCCAGCCUGCAUGCUUAUAUAUGGAUGGUCGGUCGACAAGGCGUUUGGCGGGCUCCCGGUGCCGAUUAUCUUCAUGUUCCUGCAAGGCAUUGCGCAGCUUUUCUGCUACCCCAGCCUGAACACGUAUUGUCUCGAUGUGGUGCCGGAUAGGAGUGCAGAGCUCAUUGCGGGAAACUUCUUCAUUCGCUAUAUCUUCGGUGCUGUUGCUUCGGCCGUUGCGAUUCCGGCUUCGGAGUCCAUUGGCGUGGGAUGGUUUAGCACGAUAUCUGCCCUUCUCCUGGCUGUCGGGGGCGCUGGGAUUUUUGCCGCUGCUCGUUGGGGACAUAUCAAGUCGGUCUCAUAA